GGCUGAGGAUAUAGGCCUACCUGGCAUUUGAAAUGGCGACCAGAAAGCUAAUCGGAACAAUCCUGGCCGUAGUAGCCUUGUUUACUUUCUUCUUUUCCUGGCAUGUUUUGAGGUUGAUCGGCUUGGAAUCGUGGGUACCGGGUUGGCUGGUCUGGCUGAGCCUGGCUGGAGCUUCUCUCGCGUUCCUCCUGGGGGACGGCUCCACAUCAGAGACGGUAGAGCCUCGUGGGAAGGCUGUGUUCAUCACAGGCUGCGAUAGUGGCUUUGGACAUAACUUGGCGAAGAGGUUGGACAGAUUGGGAUUCACCGUUUUCGCGGGUUGUCUGUUUCCUGACAAAGAUGGUGCGCAAUCUCUGAAGAGGGAGACAUCGGACCGCCUUCAGUUGAUUCCUUGUGACGUCACAGAUGAUUGGCAGGUUCAACAAGCUUUGCACACGGUCACCAACAAUCUUGGAUCCUGUGAGUUAUGGGCCUUGGUUAACAAUGCCGGGAUAGCGGUAUUCUCGGAGAUUGAAUGGUGUACAGUGCAGCAAUUCCAGCGUCUGCUUGAUGUGAACGUGAUUGGGGUAGUGCGGGUAACCAAGGCUUUUCUGCCCUCCAUCAGACGAUGUGGUGGCCGUGUUAUCAACAUAGCCAGCCUGGCAGGGCGAUUUACCAUACCCGCCUUUACUGGUUAUUCCAUGUCUAAAGUGGCUUGUGUGGCCUUCUCAGAUGGGCUACGCAGAGAAAUGGAUAAAUUUGGGGUUCGAGUUAUCACAGUGGAACCCGGCCUUUACAGAACACCCAUCUCUUCGCCGGAUUAUCUUGUCGAUAUGAACCGGAAGAACUGGGCGGAAACACCAACCGAAAUCAAGGAGGAUUAUGGGCAGGAGUAUUUUGACGCCUUUCUGAAAAACCUCAAGGCCCACGUGAACAAUGCACGUCCUAACGUGGAUGAAGUGAUCGAUCUGAUGGUGGAGGCGGUGGUGACGGAGGACCCCAAGACCCGCUAUGUGCCCUACUGGCUGUCUUAUAUCCGCUCUUCCAUUAUCAUGUACCUUCCUACGUCACUGGCCGACAGAUUAUUCAAAUCUUACACCUGUAAAGCUGAAGUAGCACGCACACCCAAAACGCCAAAGACGCCUAAAGGUGGAGAAAAGAAAUUCUUUUAGAUUGACGACAGCCAUAGAAUUAAGGCAUAUGGAAUUAAACAGGCCUAUAAUGUUAUUCGACGGCAGCAUUAUCGUAAUAAAUGAAAAGAAUAUCAACAGCAAUGACGGAAUUUUUUUAAUAAAAAUGCAUUGUAGUUUUAUUUCUCGCCACAAGAAAAAAAAGGCUUUUAGAAUCAUUUAUGCUUUUAAUAUCUUUGCAUAGCGGUUUUACAUUGUUAGGAUGACGUGUUUAUCCACCAAUAUCUAUGUGUAGGAUAUUUUAGUAUAGUUAUGUUAAGCUCCCUCCAUUUUAAACACACGACGCCAUGUAACGGUUACUCAUUUGGACACGUAAUGCGUGCUUUGAGGCAAGAGGAACUCUCCUGUGUAUAAACCUGGCCCAUGAAGCCAUAGCAUACUUUACAAUAGCCGGCAAUAAAUGUAUGUGCAUUUGAACAGACGAGCUUUGUGGUCAAGGAACCAUGAUCAUGGCACUAUAUCAAAAAAACGGAAUUGUAAAGACAGCAGGUGGUUUUAAUGACCAGUUUUGUUAAAUGUGUGUUUAACUCAUUUACAGACAGUAAAGCUUUAAAUAAAUUUAGUAAGAAGUAUGUUGGGUGUAAAUUGUCGUCCUCUGUACGUCUGUCUUGUACGAAGUGUAAUACAGAUAGAGGAUUUCCAAGUUUGACCAAGCGAGGUGGUGAUCUCAGUUAGCAUUUUAUCGCGUCACUAAUUUGUUAAACUUGUGAUAUAACGUUUUUGUGUAUUGCUGCUUAUAUUUUUCAAGUCAUGAGAUGUAGCUGAUGAAUAGCUUUUCGAAACAGAUAUUCUCUGGAAUUCACAACGGUGUUGACUACAAGGAGUCAGUAUCUCAUUUAUUCGUUCACACUAAUGUAAUAUACGAUAUUAAACAAAUCGACUGUGAAUCUGACAGCUUGCAUCAAACAACCAAUAUAUUACCUUUCGCUGGUAUAUGUGUAAGAAUGCGUUAAGAGGUGGCCGAGUUAUUAAGGUGUUCUCUUUGGUUGAAUCAGUCUUUCUCUGUUCUCGUCCCACUAACAACCUACUAGUGUUAAGUAUCCUUUAGCGAAGUGGACUUUAUAGUUAAAGGCUUACUUGUUCAUUGUUCAUUGUUAUUCAUAAAACCUACCUCUCGGGGCAUAUUGGUGGCUAAUUAUAGGUAGUCUUACGUGAAGUUCCACAGUCUUCCACCAGUAUAUCACACGUGGGAAAAUUCGUUAAUAACUUAACAAAGAUCGGUGGUUUAAUCUGUGCACUCCCGUUGUCUCCACUCGUAUAAGGUACGACGUUAAACCCCAAGCACUCACUCACUUACUCACUCCACUCGUAUAACUGACGGCCGUCGUGUGAAUGGAAUAUUCUCUUACAUUGUGUCGGGUCACCAAACAAAUGCAUCUUAAAUAUACACCGACUGUUCAUUUUAUAUUUACAAUAAGGAUAUAAUUGUAGCCUAAAACAAUGUAUUUAUGUAUUUCGCUUUAGAAAGGCAACACUAUUCAGAAAAGUCAGUUUGAUAUUAAAAUUUUUUUCUGAAAGUU